AUGAUUCUUGGCUUCAUCCAUCGAGAUGUGAAACUGACUAAUAUUAUGCUAAAACAAAACUGGGUCACUAAGAUUUUUCUUUUUGGGUUGUCUAAGGGCAUUAUGAGCCUUUCAAUAACCCAUAUCAUUACAGAUGUUAAAGGGACAUUGGGACUCACCAAGAAAUCUGAUGUUUAUGCCUUUAGAGUGGUGAUGUUAGAAGUGUUGUGUGGAAGGCCACAGGUGAAUCCGAGACUUGGGGAAGAGGAAAUUAGUCUGGUGUUGUGA